AUGCCAGCCCUCCUACAGCUCCCCUCAAGAUCCAGCGCAUUCUCACGGUACACCCCCAGCAAAAAUGCCUACAACGACUUUAUCAACCCUGCCCUCGCCGCCCAAUCCACCGUCCCCACCGUCUCCCUCCACCUGCCUUCCCAGCCCCAAUCCUCUAUCCAUGCGGAGAUAGAACCUCUGGCAGAAUCUAUCAAGGCCAUUUUGGGCUUCAAGCCGACGCCAGUGUCGUACCACCACAUCUCCACCCUCACCCGGGGCAUUGCACUCAAGCAUCCCGAGCUGUGUGAGAGAGUGCUCGGCACUUUCGAGCAGGAACUCGUGCAGACAUGCCAUGCUAUCACCAAGGAUCUGCGGAGGGGAGUGAUGGCGAGGGAUAAAGGCAUCUUGGCCAAGAUCACACAAGAGUGGCGCUCUUUGAAGCAACGCACCGACCUGCUGCGUUCAUUACUCGUCUACCUUGACCCCCCUGCGGCCACCGAGCCGCUGAACUCGCGUGUGACCCGCGUAUUCAGGCAGCAAGUAUGGGAAGACAACAUCCUCUCCAGCGCUCGCUGUGCCGAGCUCCUAGACUGGCUUGCCCUAGAGCGCGCCUCUUCUCCCUCGCCAUCCAAUCCGCAACAAAAAAGACAGACCAUCAAGGACAACUUCUCUCUCUCUCGUGAACUCUCCCUUCACUCGUUUGAAGUUGAAACGGAGAAGUGGCUCGACGCCACUCGCGAAUACCACCUCAGCACCUGCACGCAGAAGAUUGCCGGUAUCGUGUCCCAUCCCGAAGCGGCGGCGUAUAUCUCCUGGCACCUGCAGUCUUUUAAUGAAGAAUUAUCCCGAGCCGAAUGGUGUGUCAACCAUGCCUUUGCUCGGGAAAUCGGUGGCAACAUCCUCAAAGUGACGUAUGAAGAAGUUGAAGACGGCGGCAUCAUCCUCUCUGCCGUCUACCACGCUCUCUCCCUCGCUCCAGACCACCAAGCACUUUCAGAAGUGUGGCAAUACGCGGCGAGUGUCAAAAAGUUUGCCAUUCUCGCCUCCUCUGUGGAGAGCUUUUGUAAAGAAAAGGUGGGCGAGAUCGUACUCCGGGGCGCGACCGCGAAGGGCCAAAAAGAGAAGGAAUCGGUGGAUGGAGAAUUGAUGGUAUGGGAUCUCUUGGCGCUGCGACGGCAGAUCAACUACCUUAUCGACUUGCUCUUCCCUCACUCCAUCGCCACCCUCGGCGACAAAGGCAAAGCCCCUCUACUCGACUCUGACGGCGACGUCCUCAUGUCCCCCACAUUCACUCCCGGCAUCGGCGACAAAUUAGCGAAAGAACACCACUUUGAGCUCUAUGAGAGUGUGAGGACGGGUUUCAAGGCGGGUUUGGCGAAGAGGGAAGCGGUGCCGGCAGAGUAUGUCGCAAAGUAUCUCGACAGGGUGAUGCGGCGCGGAUCGGUCAAGCCGCCUUCUUCAAGCACUGUCCCAUCCGACGACGUCCCUUCAUUCCAAUCUCACCUAUCCGAGAUCGUCCAUCUCUCAGGUUUGCUCCUUGAUAAAGACGUGUUCAAAGCGUUCUACGGACGCUCCCUUGCCAAACGUCUCCUGCUGAGCAAGAGCGCGAGUGAUGAGAGUGAGAAGGGCCUGGUGAGGAUGCUGCAAAAGGAGAUGGGCGAAGAGUUUACGGCGGGCGAUAUUAUGAUGAAGGAUCUGCAGGUUUCAGAGACAUUAGUAAAAGCAUACCAAACCGCCAACCCAACGUCCAACCUAAAUUUCACCACAAACGUCCUCACCGAAUCCGCCUGGCCAGCUUCCUCCUCUUCCUCUUCCUUCACUUCCACUACUACCACCACAACACCCGUCAUCUCGCCCUUCCGUCUCCCGCAAGUGUUGCAGAAUGACAUUGCGUCAUUUGAAGCUUGGUAUAAGGACAGGUACAAGAACCGUGUGCUCGCGUGGCGCUGGGGUUUGGGCAGUGUUACGAUGACGGCGCGGUUUGGACAGGGGACGGAGGGUGGAGAGAAAAGGUAUGAGAUCGGGGUGAGCUUGUAUCAGGCGGUGGUGUUGAUCAUGUUCAAUGAUAAUGAUCAUUUGACCGUGAAAGACAUAAGAGAGAGGAGUGGGAUCCCUGUGAACGAAUUGACACCCACACUUCAGUCCCUCGCGCUCGGAAAGAAGGGGACGCGAGUGUUGCUCAAGAAACCGCCAGGGAAAGAGGUCAAGGAUAGCGAUGUGUUUGGGUGGAACAAGUUUUUCUCUGGGGACAAGUUCAAGUUCAGAAUCAACGGUAUCCAGCAAGACAUCAGCGCGGAAGAAUCCAAAUCCACCCAAAACCAAAUCUCCCUCGACCGCACAUCCAUCCUCGAAGCCACCCUCGUCCGGCUCAUGAAGGCCCGUAAACGCCUGUCCCUCCAGCUGCUUAUCGACGCUGUGGUAGGCGAAGUGAGCAAGAGGUUCCCGCCGGAUGUAAAGGAGAUCAAGAAGAGGGUAGAGAGUCUGAUUGAAAGAGAGUUUUUAGAGAGGGAUGAGGAUGAUCGGGGGGUGCUCAAGUAUGUUGCUUGA